AUGUGCACAGGCUGGUGUGAGGAGAGAUGUACCAGCGUCAGUGGAAAACAACGGAGAGGUAAAGGAGUGGGUCUCCAUUCAUGGCUGCGCGUCUCACUGUUGUUCUCGGCUCUCUGGGGCCAAGUGUCCCCCCAGUGCCCAGACAGCUGCCACUGCGCCUGGGACACGGCCACGGUGCUAUGCUCAGAUGCCGGGCUGCGGGAGAUCCCAGAGGGGAUCCCGCCAGAAACUGUCUCCCUCCACCUGGAACGCAACUACAUUCGGAACAUCCCCGAGACUGCCUUCAGCGAUCUGGUCCACCUGCGGGACCUUUACCUGUCCCACAACCGCAUCGACUCGCUCGCCUCGGGGGCCCUGCGGCAUCUGGGCCCCGAGCUCCGCCUGCUGGACCUCUCACACAACCAGCUGAGGCAGGCCAGCAGAGAGGAGUUUGGCUCCACUCGUGCAAAGACGCGCCUCUACCACAACCCCUGGCACUGUGACUGCACCCUUCAGGAGCUGAUGGAGACUCUGAACCUAGAGCCCGAGACGGUGAAUGGGAUUGUGUGUGAGAGCUCUGUGAGGGUGGUGGGUGAGGGAAGCAGGUGGGAGGACCCGGGGUCCCAGGGUGAGCACGCCGGUCAACCGCUGGUCAAACUGUUGGAUUCUGGGAUGAAUUUCUGCAGCCUGCAGAGGAAAACCACUGAUGUAGCCAUGCUGGUGACAAUGUUUGUGUGGUUCUUCAUGGUCAUUGUGUAUGUAGUGUACUAUGUGAGGCAGAACCAAGCCGAGACCCGCAGGCAUUUGGAGUACCUGAAGAGUUUGCCCAGCCCACGCAAGACCCCUACAGAGACAGAUACUCUGAGCACUGGUUUCUGAAGUCCUGCUCGGCUGUAAUUUAAAUGGAAUAAUACUCAAAUGGCAUUUUUGUGGACUGAUAAACUUCAAAAUGCUGUGUGA